AUGAAGACCGCCGCCAUCACCACCGUUCUCUUCGCCGCCCUCGCGGCCGCCAGCCCUGUUGAGAUCCGCCAGACCUCGGGCUGCAAGGCCUUCACCGUCCUCUUCGCCCGUGGCACUACCGAGAUGGGUACCCUCGGAACCGUUGUCGGCCCCGGUCUCCAAAAGGCAGUUGCAUCCAACGUCCCCGACUCCGUCUUCGAGGGCACCACCUACGCGGCCGACAUGGCUGGCAUUAUGUCCGAGGCCACCGGCUCCGGCCCGGGCAGCGUCGCCAUGGCCAACCAGGCUAACUCGUGGCUGAGCAAGUGCCCCCAGACCAAGAUCGUCCUCACCGGCUACAGCCAGGGCGGUAUGGUCGUCCACAACGCUGCUAAGAAGCUCUCGGGUAAGGCUGUCGCCGCUGCCGUCACCUUCGGUGACCCGUUCAAGGGCCAAGCUAUCACUGGUGUUGCCACCGCCAAGUUCAGGAGCUUCUGCGCUGCUGGCGACGGCGUUUGCUCCGCUGGUGGCUGCGCCAGCUCCGGAAGCUGCUCAAGCCAAAGCGCCUCUGGCCACAUUGGAUAUGGCUCCGAUGUCAACACCGCUGGCACUUUCCUUAAGACUGCUCUCGCUUAA